AUGAAGCGACUCAAUGAAAAAUGCCGGUCGAAUGCAACGGUGUCGGCCAAUUAUCAGGUUACUUGGUCUCCAGUUUUUUUGAAAUAUUCUUAUUUGAUUACAGAUGAGGCACGAGAAAAGCCGUCUUCGAGAUCGAACACUCAUGAUUCUCGGACCGAUUCAGAAGCAGAACAUGGCGAGCGUGCAGAUCGCAGCCAAUCGGCAAGAGAAGUUGGGAGGACAGGCGGCAAAGUGCAAGAGUAAGUAUUUUCGAAGACCGUUUCAACACACUCCAAUUGCGCUUUUCAGGUGAUCACCGAGAAUCAACGGAAACUCGAGAAUAG